AUGCAGGCGCCAGUGGUGGUUAUGAACACGCAGACCCCAGGUGGGGAGCGGCAGUUCGGCCGCAAAGCACAGCUUUCCAACAUCACAGCAGCCAAGACGGUCGCAGACAUUAUCCGGUCAUGUCUUGGACCCAAGGCCAUGCUGAAAAUGCUGCUCGACCCCAUGGGUGGCAUUGUCCUGACCAACGACGGCCAUGCCAUCCUCAGAGAGAUCGAAGUCGCACACCCCGCAGCCAAGAGCAUGAUCGAGCUCAGCAGGACACAAGAUGAGGAGGUCGGAGACGGCACAACCACUGUCAUCAUAUUGGCCGGAGAGAUCCUUGCACAAGCUCUGCCACAGCUCGAGCGCAACAUCCAUCCCGUCGUGAUUAUCCAAGCAUUCAAAAAGGCCCUCGCCGAUGCCCUCGAAAUCAUCAACGAAAUUGCCGUCGAAGUCGACACCGACGACGAUGAGCAAAUGUUCAAGAUCAUCAACUCGUCAAUCGGCACAAAGUUUGUCUCGCGGUGGUCCAAGUUGAUGUGCAGUCUCGCCCUCAAGGCCGUCCGCACCGUCUCCCUUGAUAUCGGUGCUGGCAAGAAGGAGGUCGACAUCAAGCGUUAUGCUCGUAUCGAGAAGAUUCCUGGCGGCGAGAUUGAAGACAGCGUGGUAUUGGACGGAGUCAUGGUAAACAAGGACAUCACACACCCAAAGAUGAGGAGGAGAAUCGAAAACCCUCGCGUCCUGCUGUUGGACUGCACACUGGAGUACAAGAAGGGCGAGAGUCAGACCAACAUUGAGGUCAGCAAAGAGGAGGACUGGAACAGGAUACUGCAAAUCGAGGAGGAGCAGGUCAAGGCCAUGUGCGAUGCCAUCAUUGCUCUCAAGCCCGAUCUCGUCAUCACUGAGAAGGGCGUCAGUGACCUUGCACAGCACUACCUCGUCAAGGCCAACAUCACCGCUAUCCGCCGCGUCCGCAAGACAGACAACAACCGUAUUGCUCGUGCAACAGGCGCGACAAUUGUCAACUCUGUCUUUUCUGCUACUGCCUCAGACAUCGGUACUGAGUGCGGUCUGUUCGAAAUUUCCAAGAUUGGUGACGAGUACUUCACGUUCCUCACAAAGUGCCAGAACCCCAAGGCUUGCACCAUCAUGCUCAGGGGUCCUUCGAAAGACAUUCUCAAUGAGAUUGAACGGAAUCUACACGAUGCUAUGGGGGUCACCAGGAACGUGAUAUGGAACCCCAAGCUCUGUCCAGGUGGUGGUGCGACUGAGAUGGCUAUUGCCGUCGGUCUGGACAGGAGAGCAAAGCUUGUCGAGGGUGUUGCGCAGUGGCCGUACAAGGCGGUUGCUGAAGCCAUGGAGGUCAUUCCCCGCACACUGAUCCAGAACUCCGGAAACAGCCCAAUCAAGGUACUCACACAACUGCGCGCAAAGCAUGCAGAGGGUUAUGAAGACGGCAGACACGGUGGAAGCUCUUGGGGUAUUGACGGCGAUGCUGGCAAGGUUGUCGACAUGCACACAUACAACGUGUGGGAACCUCUAGCCGUCAAGGAACAGAGCAUCAAGACCGCUGUCGAGAGCGCUUGCCUGCUGUUGAGGGUAGACGACAUUGUAGCUGCGAAGUCCGCGAAGCAAGUCAGUGGCCCAAUAGGCGGCGGAGACGACUAG